AUGGAAACCGCAAAGAAAAAUAGAACUCAGCAGAGGAGAUUGUUUAUUAAAGCAUGUAAUGAGUUCGAUGCUGAAGAAACAAAUUUAGAAACUUCUGAUAAAAUAAUCAAAUUAAAAAUUAUCGAGGAGAAAGCUAUGUUAAUGAUAAAUUCUGAAGACAAUGUUAAAGAGUUUCUUUUUUCUGAAAACGUUGAAGAUGAUGUUAUAAAUAAAGAGAUAGAUGAAUCUGAAAGCUAUAUAGACUGUUGGCGGUUGUUACAGUUGAAACUGCAACAACUUUCAAUUGCAGGGAUGGAAGAAGUUUCGUCGAAUUGUGGUGUUUCUCAGCAGAAUACAUUAUUACGUUACCCUAAAAUUCAGUUACCUACGUUUAAUGGAGAUAUAAGAAGCUGGGUAAGUUUUUGGGGUCAAUUUGAGAAAGUCGAUAAUGACCAAAAUUUAGAUUUACAUGAUAAAUUUGCAUAUCUAUCCCAAUGUAUGGAAAAAGGAAGUGUCGCUGAAGAAUUAAUUAAAAGUUUUCCACCAGGAAGAAACAGUUAUGAGAAAGCUAUAGAACAAUUGAAAUUACGUUAUGGCCGAGAAGAAUUACUUAUACAAGUGUACGUUAGAGAUCUUUUAUCAUUGGUUCUUCAAAAGCAGAAUAUGUUGAAAAAAUCUCUGAGAAAUCUUUAUGAUUUAUUGGAAACAAAGCUCCAUGCGCUUGAGAUAUUAGGAGUAACAAGGGAUAAAUAUACGGCGAUGCUUUUCCCACUUGUUGAGUCUGCUUUACCUCAGGAAACACUUCUAGGCUGGGAAUGGUAUAGAUCUACAAAUCGUAGAUCACAUGAUGAAGAAAAUCAAAAUAGUAAAACUACUACAAAAACUGAUCUAGAUUCAAUUCUUGAGUUUCUUCAAGAUGAAGUACGGAAAAUGCCGAUGAAGGGCAAAGAGAAUCUUGUUGAGAAAUCAGGUUGUUGUUUCCUGUGCUUAAAACCGGGUCACCAAGUUCGUAAAUGUUAUUCAAAAGUAACUUGUUUAGGCUGUGGAAAAAGAUAUCACAUUAUACUCUGUCACGACAUAAACCAACGAACAUCUUUCUCUACUGGAAAAGAAACUGCAGAAGUAGAUAGUCUUCCGAAUGGUGAUCAAGCGCUUGCAAAUGUAUCCAAAAGUCCUAGUGUUAUGCUACUAACCUUAACUGUUUUCAUCAGAGGUGAUGGGAGAAAACGGAAGGCAAGAGCCAUCAUAAACACUGCUUCGCAGCGCUCUUACGUUUUAAAAAAUACUGCUAGAGAGAUUAAAUAUAAAAGGGAAAGCUGGGAAUAUCUUCAACAUUCUCUGUUUGGUGGAGAAAAUACAGGAGUGUGCAAGCACGAUGUGUUUACAUUGUAUUUGACAAGCUGUGAUGAAUCUUAUAACUGUCAUUUCAAAGUACUGAGUCAACCUGUUAUCUGUGAAAGUGUCCCACCGACAAUUCCUGCAAAUCAUUUAAAGGAACUUAAUGGCUAUGGUAUUCAUGUGAACGAUGAUUAUGACGGUCCUAUCGAAAUAUUAAUAGGAGCUGAUGAAGCUGGAAAACACAUUACUGGUGGUUGCAAAUCUUUAUCUUGUGGCUUAACAGCAAUGGAAACACGUUUAGGAUGGACCAUUAUGAGACGAAUACCCCAAAUUUCUUCAAAAGAAAAUGGAAUCUCAGUUGCUAAUUCUAUUGUUACGAAAUUUCCGGUUUCGGAUGAACAAGUUUGGAGUCACAGCAGACAUCCGUAA